UGCAUGGUUAGCUAAAGCACGUAUACAAAUUCAACUAUCUUUCAUUUUCUCCUAGACUCUCAGAGCAACUACCGACCCUCAUUUUUAGCAAGUAACUGGAAAAUGUCUAUUCCAACAAACAAAAUGAAAGCAGUGGCUUUGUUGCUGAAGCGUGUGAAGACAGCAAGGAGACAAUUCCGUGAAAGGGGAAGAGAUGAAUCAUUAGAUGGGAAUUUGGAAAAGUUAAGGAGAGAACUGAACAGGAUAAGGAAGUUGUUCGAGAAAGUAAAGAAUAACGAACAAGAACUACUUCACACUUUGUCAAAGGUUGAUGGUCAUCUUCGCAAGUUGGACAGCAAGAGGUUGAAUCAAGACAUGAAUGACAUUUGCAAAAGAAUAAGAGAUUCUGCUCAAAAGUUGCUUCCAAAGGGUGAUUUUGAUGACUCGUCCGUGGAGGAGGAUGAUGACGACAGAAGAGUAAUAUUACUGCACCCAUCACGACCCUCUUCAAAACAACACAAGAAUCAGUUGCCACAGCAUAAGAAACUGAAUAUGAAUCUGCGCGUCCUAGAAACUUAUGAACGAAAUUGUUUGUUGUCUCUCUUGGUUUUCCCUGAAGGAGCUGUUAUAAAGAAAAGACAAACAAUUUGUUGGUGGAUUGGAGAGGGUUUUCUUGAAAGUACUAAUCUGAAAACCGCAGAGGAAGAGGGUGAGGAUGUGAUAGAUAAGCUUUUGAAAUCGAAUGUGAUUUUAGCGUAUGGUAAUAGUGAGUGUCCCAUUGUCAAUAAAUUUCAAAUCAAUCCUCUCGUGCGUCCUAAGUUGGUGAUACUAUCAACAGAAAAUCACAGGAGUUAUCCAUUUCCUCUUAGGAUACCCUACAGUCACAUACGAAGUAAAUGGUCACUACUUGAGCAGAAAAAAGUCAUACUAGGUGAAAAUAGUUUGAAACCUGAGAGUAGGAUAAAUACUAUUUUUAAUGUUGGUGCCAGUUAUUUAAAUUUUGGAUCUCAAUGGUUGGAUAAAAGUAUACAAAAUUUAAAGGUGCUUCAGCUUGGUCGUUGGCAAGAUUCUCCUUCACAUCACAUUGAAGUAGGGAGUGAAAAGUUUCUACAGAAGUUGCAGAAUCAAAAGAAUUUAACCUAUUUAAGUCUUCGUGGGAUAUCAAGAAUAUCUGAGCUUCCACCCUCCAUUACUCAACUUGAGAGGCUCCAAAUUCUUGAUCUGAAAGCAUGCCACAAUUUGGAGACACUGCCUAAUGAUAUUUCAUCGAUGAAAAGUCUGACACAUCUGAUUUUAUCCCAGUGUUAUUUGUUGGAAGGCAUGCCAAAAGGGAUUGAGAAGCUCACACAGCUGCAAGUACUGGAGGGAUACGUAGUAGGGAAUUCCAGAAAGAGUCCACAAAGAAUAUCAGAGCUUGCAAAUUUGAAAAAUCUAAAGAGGCUCAGCAUACAUAUAGGAUCUGAGGCUGUGAUCAAAGAAGGGGAGUUUGAAAGUUGGAGAGAGAUGUUAGCCCUAGAACAACUGAAAAUAUCAUGGGGUGUGUCUUGCAAGGGUUACAGUGAUAUUAAAGUAAUCUUGCCUUUGAGAUUGAAAAGGUUGCAUCUUGAAGGUUUUCCAGGAGAGGAAAUUCCAGAAUGGCUAAAGCCUAGCAAGCUGCCCGAGGGAUGCAAAGAGCUAAAACUAAUGGGAGGAAUGCUCAAAAGUAUGAAUCAUGAAGAUAAUAUCGGUUGGAGAAUGGAGAUAGUGCGUCUCAUGUACUUAAAGAAUUUGAAACUUGAGUUAACAAAUUUGUCAAAGUUGUUUCCUUUGCUUAGGUAUGCAGAAAUAAAACAAAAUUCCAAAAGAACUCAAAUGCUGAGUUUGAAUGAAGAUAAAUGAAAUAGUUAAUCUGUCAUAAAAUGAAGGAUGCGUUUGAGCAAAACCUCUUCAUUCUAUCUCUGAACUACCUUUUGUUGUUCUCUCAAGUGUUUGAUGCUUGGAUAUGAAGAUUAGUUUGUAUAAAUAGAGGUCUCAUUUGACCAUGUACAUGAUUUUGCUUCGAAAUAUAGGUUUUCUUUUAGGGUCAAGCAGUGAUUUCUACAUUCCAGUAACUCAAAUUUCAA